AUGCCGAAGAAGAGACAAACGCGACCUGGCAAGCCGUUCAUCGAGUGGUGCGCGGAGAACGGGAAGCGCGGCGAGAGGCUCGCCAACGAGUUCCGCGAGGAGCUGCCGACGGAGCUGACGUUUGCGUCGAACUACAAGGCGAAGUGGAAGUGUUUGAAGUGCAAGCACGUGUGGCGGGCGCAGGUGUGCAACCGCACGAAGAGCGACAGACCCAGCGGGUGUCCGAAGUGCUGUCUUUCGAGAGGUCAAGGGUGCCAAACGGUGGUGUCCCGAACGAACAACUUCCUCGCGUGGUGCGAGAAGAACGGCGAGCUCGGGAAGAAGCUGUCGCGCGAGUACGUCGACAAGGACAAGCCGCCGACGGCGGUGACGAAGGCGUCGAUGUACAAGGCGCUGUGGAAGUGCAGCAACGUCGAGUGCAAGCACGUGUGGCGGACGCAGGUGUGCAACCGCACGAGGAGCAACAGACCCGGCGGGUGUCCGAUGUGUGCGAAUAAUGCGCCGGCGAGCAAGACGAACAACUUCCUCGCGUGGUGCGAGAAGAACGGUGAGCUCGGGAAGAAGCUGUCGCGCGAGUACGUCGACAAGGACAAGCCGCCGACGGCGGUGACGAAGGCGUCGAUGUACAAGGCGCUGUGGAAGUGCAGCAACGUCGAGUGCAAGCACGUGUGGCGGGCGGAGAUGUGCAACCGCACGAGGAGCAACAGACCCAACGGGUGUCCGGAGUGCGCGAAUCACAGACCGCUGAGCAAGACGAACAACUUCCUCGCGUGGUGCGAGAAGAACGGCGAGCUCGGGAAGAAGCUGUCGCGCGAGUACGUCGACAAGGACAAGCCGCCGACGGAGCUGACGUUUGCGUCGCACUACAAGGCGAAGUGGAAGUGUUUGACGUGCAAGCACGUGUGGCGCGCGGGGGUGUCGAGCCGCACGAACAACGUCAAACCCACCGGGUGUCCGAAGUGCAACCUUGUCGGAGGAUCUCAAAGCGAGAAGCGUAAGCGCGACGACUAA